CAGCUGCUUGGAAUUUUCCGAAAACCCAAAACCAUGAAGUAUCUAUGGUUGCUGCUGUUGUGUGUUUUCUCAGUUCAAACUCAAGCUGCUGACGAUGACUACGAUGAUGCGGGACUCUUGGAUGCCCGUGGUCACCGACCCUUUGACAGGAGAAAUGAAGAGGCUCCUAGCCUGAGACCCGCCCCCCCUCCUAUCAGCGGAGGUGGUUAUCGAGCCCGUCCAGUCAAAACUGCUGCCAGCCAGAAGAAAUUGGAACGAAAAGCCCCUGAUGCAGGAGGCUGUCUUCACGCCGACCAAGACCUGGGAGUGCUGUGUCCUACAGGGUGCCAAUUGCAGCAGGACCUGGUCAACCAGGAAAGGCCAGUCAAGGCCAGCGUCGCCGAGUUAAAAGGCAACAUACAGUCCAUUUCGGAGUCCUCCUCCACCACCUUCCAGUACAUGAAGCUGCUCAAAGACAUGUGGCUAAAGAAGCAGGCCCAGGCUAAAGAUAAUGAAAAUGUCAUAAAUGAGUAUUCCUCUAUCCUGGAAGACCAGAGGUUAUAUAUUGAUGAGACCGUGAGCGAUAAUAUCCCCCUUAACCUUCGUGUGCUCCGCUCAAUCCUGGAGACCCUGAGGAGCAAAAUACAAAAGCUUGAAUCUGACAUCUCGGCGCAGAUGGACUAUUGCCGCACCCCGUGCACGGUCAGCUGCAACAUCCCCGUGGUGUCCGGCAAAGAGUGUGAGGAGAUCAUUAGGAAAGGAGGGGAGACAUCCGAAAUGUAUCUCAUCCAGCCGGACACCUCCAUCAAACCGUACAGAGUCUACUGUGACAUGGAGACAGAAAACGGAGGAUGGACAGUCAUACAGAACCGUCAGGAUGGCAGUGUCGACUUUGGCCGGCAAUGGGACCCGUACAAACAAGGAUUUGGAAAUAUUGCAACCAACGAAGAUGGGAAGAAGUACUGUGGCGUGCCAGGUGAAUAUUGGCUUGGGAACGAUAAGAUUAGCCAGCUUACCAGGAUGGGACCCACAGAACUUCUGAUCGAAAUGGAGGACUGGAAAGGCGACAAAGUGAAGGCCCAUUAUGGAGGGUUCACAGUGCAGAAUGAGGCUAACAAGUACCAAGUCUCAGUGAACAAGUACAAAGGAAAUGCUGGCAAUGCCCUCAUGGAGGGAGCCUCUCAGCUGGUGGGGAUAAACAGAACCAUGACCAUCCACAACGGCAUGUUCUUCAGCACGUACGACAGGGACAACGACGGCUGGUUAACUUCAGAUCCGCGGAAACAGUGCUCAAGAGAAGAUGGUGGUGGAUGGUGGUAUAACAGAUGCCACUCCGCCAAUCCAAAUGGCAGAUACUACUGGGGUGGUCUUUACAGCUGGGACAUGGCCAAGCACGGCACAGAUGACGGUGUGGUGUGGAUGAACUGGAAGGGAUCCUGGUACUCGAUGAGGAAGAUAUCUAUGAAGAUCAGGCCCUUCUUCCCACAGCAGUAAUCCCCCAAGUGUAGACUUUUAUUCUUCCGUGUGUGACAUUUUUUACUGUAUGUUGUUGCAAUCCUCUUUGUUACAUUAUA